CAAAGGUGCAUGAAGGGAUGUCUCUCCUAUCAAACCAGAAGCAGUUAGAGAUCUCUCUCUGUGGAGCCACAACCGCAGCCCGCACUCUGGUUUCCUUUUUAGUUUUUCCAAACAGCUAAUGUUCCAUCACCUGUAGCUCUGGGGUCCGUGAUUUUCCGAGGCUCCAACAAAACCCUCAUUUCCAUAUUUGUUUCCCCCGCCGCUGGCAUCCCGAUGGGUCGCACGGAGGAGACGCAGCAUCAGCACCGCGGCCAGACGCGCCUCGAGCCGCUCCGACUCUGUUCGACAGGCUGGAGGAGGACGAGUUGAUUCUGCGGAGUUAAAGAAGAGCGAGGAGGAGAGGAAGACGGAGGUGGAAAUCCCGCGAGAGAAAGGAAAGAGAGAGAGGGAGAGAGAGGGGAGGAAAAAAGCGGAGAGAAACACAUUCAGACCAGAAGCGCCGCAUGUGAGGCACGCGAGCGGAGAGGGGAGUAAUCAUUAAUUUUGGAGGAGCUCCGCGGUGAAUUUCUCCUCUUUUUCCAGCUUACAGACGGAGAGAAAGGAGUCUCCGCGACAGGCUGUCCAGAUGAAUCCCAUGACACAGUUGUACUACAAAAAGGCGACCUAUUCGCCGUACCGCGACCGCAUCCCGCUUCAGAUUGUUCGAGCUGAAGUGGAGCUGUCUGCCGAGGAGCGGGCCUACCUCACCGCUGUAGAGAAAGGUGACUAUGCAGGAGUCAAACAUGCCCUUCGCGAGGCCGAGGUCUACUACAACAUGGACGUGAACUGCCUGGACCCGCUGGGCCGCAGUGCCCUCCUCAUUGCCAUAGAGAACGAGAACCUGGAGAUCAUGGAGCUCCUGCUGGACCAUGGCAUCCACACAGGUGACGCCCUGCUGUACGCCAUCAGGAAGGAGGUGGUGGGAGCCGUGGAGCUGCUGCUGUCCCACAGGAGACCGAGCGGCGAGAAGCAGGUUCCCUCCCUGAUGAUGGACAGUCAGUUCUCAGAGUUCACCCCUGAUAUAACUCCCAUCAUGCUCGCUGCUCACACCAACAACUAUGAGAUCAUCAAGCUGCUUGUCCAGCGCAAGGUCACCAUCCCAAGGCCGCACCAGAUACGAUGUGACUGCGUUGAGUGUGUAUCUAGUUCAGAGGUCGACAGCCUUCGACAUUCACGGUCCCGACUCAACAUCUACAAGGCUCUGGCAUCACCCUCUCUCAUUGCGUUGUCCAGCGAAGAUCCCAUUCUUACCGCCUUCAGACUGGGCUGGGAACUCAAAGAACUGAGCAAGGUGGAGAAUGAGUUUCGUCAGGAGUACGAGGAGCUGUCCCAGCAGUGCAAACGCUUCGCCAAAGACCUCCUGGAUCAGGCCAGAAGUUCAAGAGAGCUGGAAACCAUCCUGAACCACAGAGACAAUGACCAGAGUGAGGAGCUGGACCCCAGGCAGUGCCAUGACUUGGCCAAGCUCAAGCUCGCCAUCAAAUACCAUCAAAAGGAGUUUGUAGCGCAGCCAAACUGCCAGCAGCUACUGGCCACUCUUUGGUACGACGGCUUCCCAGGCUGGAGGAGGCGACACUGGGCCGUCAAACUGGUGACCUGCUUCAUUAUCGGACUUUUGUUUCCAGUCUUCUCGCUGAUCUACCUGUUGGCCCCAAAGAGCGCUCUGGGACGUUUCAUUAAGAAGCCCUUCAUCAAGUUUAUCUGUCACACAGCCUCCUACCUGACCUUCCUCUUCCUCCUCCUGCUGGCUUCGCAGCACAUUGCCCGCACCAACCUGCACAUGCAGGGACCCCCACCCACCAUUGUGGAGUGGAUGAUUCUUCCAUGGGUGCUGGGGUUCAUCUGGGCAGAGAUCAAAGAGAUGUGGGACGGAGGAUUCACCGAGUACAUACAUGACUGGUGGAACCUGAUGGACUUUGCUAUGAACUCCCUCUACCUGGCCACCAUAUCUCUGAAGAUAGUGGCUUAUGUUAAGUAUAACUCUUCUCGUCCAAGGGAGGAGUGGGAGAUGUGGCACCCGACGCUCAUCGCCGAGGCUCUGUUUGCCAUCGCCAACAUCUUCAGCUCGCUCAGGCUCAUCUCCCUCUUCACAGCCAACUCCCACCUCGGUCCUCUGCAGAUCUCUCUGGGGAGGAUGCUGCUGGACAUCCUCAAGUUUCUCUUCAUUUAUUGUCUGGUUCUGUUGGCAUUUGCUAAUGGACUCAACCAACUGUACUUCUACUAUGAGACCAAGGCAUCAGAAGAACCAAACAACUGCAAGGGCAUCCGCUGUGAAAGGCAGAACAACGCCUUCUCCACUUUGUUUGAGACUCUCCAGUCCCUCUUCUGGUCCGUAUUUGGGCUGCUCAACCUGUAUGUCACCAACGUGAAAGCUCGCCACGAGUUCACGGAGUUCGUCGGGGCGACGAUGUUUGGGACGUACAACGUUAUCUCACUGGUGGUUCUGCUAAACAUGCUCAUCGCCAUGAUGAACAACUCUUACCAACUCAUUGCUGACCACGCCGACAUUGAGUGGAAGUUUGCCCGCACCAAGCUGUGGAUGAGUUACUUUGACGAAGGCGGCACGUUGCCUCCACCGUUCAACAUCAUCCCCAGCCCAAAGUCCUUCUGGUACCUGCUGAUGUGGCUCCACAACAAGCUGUGCAGGAGAGGCCAGCCGCCCGGGGAGCUCUCACACAAAUGUGAAAACCUGCGAGAGUUCACAGAGCGUCAUGCUGACAGUCUGAUACAGAACCAACAUUACCAGGAAGUGAUUCGAAAUCUGGUCAAGAGAUAUGUGGCCGCCAUGAUACGGAGUGCCAAAACAGAUGAAGGGCUGACAGAGGAAAACUUUAAGGAGUUGAAGCAGGAUAUCUCGAGUUUCCGCUAUGAAGUGUUGGAUCUCCUUGGCAACCGGCGUCCUCCCCGGCGACACUACUCUUCAUCCAGCGAGACCACAAAAGACGAUGGCGCCAUGGCAUCAGAGGAUGAUAGUGAAUCGGGUGAUGGCACUGGAGGAGGAGUUGGAGUCCAAAAGUCAAAGAGUGUCACCUUCUCCAACCCGGUGGAGGACGACAGAAGGCCAGCACUGACGCUUGGUGUGUCUGCGCUGGUGCGCUCCAUUUCUGGAAUGACACAGACAGACAAAGCAGAGGAGGGGAGGCUGGAGGACAGAGUGGGCUGGGGAGAACAGGAGGAGGAAGAGGAGGGGAAACCAAAGAGCAAUGGGCUAAAGACGGCUGUCAUGCCUCCGACCUCAACCAAUGUUCUCCCCUCACCAUCUUCAUCAUUUUCCUCUACCUUAUCGUCAUCACUUGCUCGCACAAGGAGUCGCCUGCAGCGCCUUUCAGGUCAGAACGCAAAGACAGACUCUUUCAAACGCCUCUCCUACCUGUUUUCACGCUCCAAACGCAAAGCCCCACCCACACCGCUCCCUCUCCAGUCCCCAUCCUCAUAUACCAUUUCUGAUGGGCUGCUCCGCCCCCUGGGGAGCCACAGCCACUCCGACUUCGGACUCAGUGACGUCACCAGAAGCGAUUCUCACCUGAACGAGGUGGGUCGCUCAGUGGACACUCCAUCAUUCUCACCACUGAGAACGAAUGGGCGGGACUCGCUCCUGAUGUUGCCCCUCCCACCCCCUUGCCCCUGCCAAUCCCUCCACUGUGCUUCCAACAUGUCCGAGUCCAGUUCGCGACUUCUGGACUCAAGCGAGGACGUUUUCCAGGGUGAAGGCAUAGAACGGGCAGGUGAAGGUGGUAUUGAUGGAGGAGGAGGGGGGAUGAUGAUGAUGAUGGGAGGGUGGGUGGGACCAUGCGAUGAUGUCUUAGAGGACAGCUGUGAUGUCAUAGAGGACUCUGUUACCACACAGCUAUAGGAAAAAGCUGAAACUGUUUUUCUUUGGCUGUUUGCUGAAUACAUAGAAAAACGGCAUGAUACAGAGAGAGAGGAGCAUGGAGUUUUUGGAUCUCUGCAUGAUCAAUUCUGGAUUUAUUUGAUCUUCAACUUUCCCCACUGAGACGGGAGGAAGGAUCUGAUAUGGUAGAUGUUUAUGGAGACAGUUUGAAACCUUGUGGGGAUUUUUCAGGUGUCAUGGAAAAUAUAUAUGUCCUCUGUUGUUGGUUUAACUAUUUAAGGGCUCUGAUCAACUGGAUAUGUGGGAUGAUUUGCUGUAGACCAAUGGAUCUGUGACCAAAGUUAGCAACUAGCUAACUAGAAAUUGCCUAACCAGCUUGCUAACUGAAGUUGCUGAAUGACGAUUCUAACUGAGGUUAGCUACUUUCCAACAAGGGAUGUAGGUUAGUGAUGUAAUAUUGGUUUGCUAUCCAGAUAGCCAAUGUAAUCAAGAUGGGCCAUAACUAGCUAGUUUUAGAACAGCUAGGUAGGUUCCAUAAAUGGACCUUACUGUUUGUAAAGUUAACAACUAACUAGCGAACAUAGCGCUAAUUAGUUGAUAAAGUUCUUUAGGUUGGAUAAUUUCUAAUAACUAAGAUAAUGUCAUUUUGCUAUUUGCUAAUUUACAAAAUUUUUUGUGGUUACAGUUAAACUAAAAAUUUUUCCUAUGACAGUGCACAGUUUAAAGCAAUCUUUUGAUUAAAGAAAAAAAAGUUUGCGAGCUACUGAACCAAAUUCUGCUAGCAACUAGCUAGCUAAUAUUUAAUGAAUAGAUUGGAUUAUCACUUAGGUGAGUAUCUAAUGCGAACUGCUAGUUACCAAACUAGCUAGUUGAGUAACCAAUUUACUAACUUAGGUUAGCUAGCUCUUAUCAAGGAAUUUAGGUUGUUAGUGACAAAUUUUCUGUUGACUAGGUCAUUCCCAUAGAGGGAUAAGAGUUUGUCAACUAGCAGUUACUUAACUACCUAGUUGCUAACCUGGCUUAAGAAGUUGCUAACAAGCAAAAUAGCUUGAAAGAUUUGGUUUGAUUGGUUUGUGAACUACUGAACCAGUGUUAUCCAGUCAGCCAAUAACUAGCUAAUUUUUAGUUAGCUAGCUAACUACUGUAAGAAACUCAGGUCUCAUUUGAACAGGAUUUAAAGAUGCUUAAAAUAUUCUAGAGUAUGUAUUCAAGCUGAAAUUACUCAGAGCAACCAAAAAGGAAAGGAAUCAUAUAAAAGUUACAAAACCAGAAUACAUUUUACGUGUUGUAAAACAUAACAUUUGGGAGUUUUACUUCGAAACAUCAGAACAUGGCUCCAGACUGCAAUCUGAAUGACAGGACAAUAGUACAGAUACUUUUAAAAUAUUCCAGAAACAUUCUGAAACUAUUCAAACUAUUUUCAGGCCAAAUUUUUACCUUUUCAACUCAAAUGUGACAUUAAUAGCAUGUGUAAUGCUUGCUUAUGGCCUUUGUCUGAAAAGGAUAAAUAGAUUUGAAAACUUCACAAUAUGGAGCCAGAUUUAUUUUGUCACACAAACAAAUUGACACAAUUUGUGCUAAGAUGAAAAAUUUAGAUUUAUAAUAGAGGUAAACCAUGAAAAUGGUUCUUGAGCAGCUACAUUGUAUUUCUGCACAGUCUGAUUCAGUCAAAGCAAACUGUUUUCAUAAACAUUUUCCAAGACUAAAGGACAGCAUUUCAACAAAAACUCUGAAAUUUCCUUCAUUACCUCUGGAAAGUUUGAACAAAUGAUGGAAUUACAAAGAGCUAAGGAGAUCUUUUGGAGAGGAAAUACCUUUAGAAGUUCCUGCUUGUUUUCAACUCACAACGCACUUUCCUUAGAACCAAACAUGGAAAUGGAAUAAAUUUGGAUGGAAAUGCUAUUGGAUGUUGGAUGAUACCACCCAAGCCUGAAUGGAACUACCCAUUUAUCCCUAAAUGGAAUAUUCAAAAUAAAAGCUCCAUGCUUUUAAGUGGAAUUACCCCACCCCCUACCACCUUUACCUGUGGACUGAUGGAUUUAAGUCCAACUGGAUCUCUGGGAUGAAAGGGAGCAGCAUGAAACCAGUGCUCUGCUGUAAUAGUUUGCAACCUCUCUCUCUGCAUCAACAAGGGCCAAGGAACUUUAUUUUAUCCUAACACCAGUUAUACUAGUAAUAAUAAUUAAGAAUAUAAUAAUAAUAAUAAGAGACUGCUCUGCUAAUAAUAACAAUAAUGACGACUUUUACGGUUUCUUUAGACUGUCUUUGCUUCUGUUUGAGUUGCCGACAGUACCAGGGCUUCUCGUUCAGCUCUUCCUUAAUAAGUACACUUUAACCUGGUGAACAGAGAUGUAUGGUGAGUGAAGAGAAGCUUUUCUUGGAAAGAAUAAUCAAGGAGCAAGAAGAUAAAGGAAUGAAAAAUAGAAUGAGUGGAAAUGGGACAGGAAUCUCUAAUUGAAUGAGUAGUGGAUGGACAUGAACAGGAACAAGUUUGCCUUUUAGUCUGUCUGGGAAUUCUGUUUUAAAUGCAAAUUUCACCAGAAUUUCAUCAUAUUUUUUCUUAUCUUCAAGUUGUUUAGACUGCGACUUCAAAAGGUUGGCAUGAGCAGAGGCUGUUAACUUUUACUUUGGAUAAUAUGAUACUGUCGGCAAUGAAGUAGAGAAAUUAUGCAUGUUUGAUCAGAAAAACACAGUUACCUACAACACACACACACACAUACAUACAGCAGGUGUGAUGAAUAGCUUCUGGUCAAAUGUUAUGCCGUUUGUUUCAUUUCUCAGGAGUCAUCCCUGACAUCAUGUCUCUUUUUCUUUCAUUUAAGUUUUACAUCCAUUAUUU